GUAGAUGCUGGUAUUAGUUUAAUGAUAAUGGGGAUGUCGAAACAAGGAACUGAUGUAUUGGCUACUUUAGGUGUCACUGCAUCAUAUAGAGUUAUUGCAACAAAAAGGUAUAUAGCAGAACAAAAAGAAGAACAAGCAAUAAAAGAUAUUAAGCUUGUUGACUUAGUUUCCUUAGAUUUUCAUUCUAUGAAUGAUUACUUAAAAGCUAUUAAUACUUAUACCCAGUUAUAG